AUAUUUUCUCCUUAUUCACAAAUUAUCAACAGAGAGCUGCUCGAGGUGCGUGAGGAAAAAAUAAAGUGGAGAACUUUUCUGAGACCGUAGUUCAUUCUUGAUCAGCAGAUAAAGUUGAUGAAAAGUUGGUGAAACAGAAAGCAAGUGUAGUCCCCAUUCGAUCGAAGUUGAUAGUAUACAACUCGUCCACAUACUUAUAGGUCAUUUACUACUUGCUCGACGUUUUUAGAGUCUCUCAUACAUUCAUUAUGACGUGCAUUGUUGUGCCGCCAGUCUUCCGUACUCCUACACGACUCCUCCAUUCUGGUGCUGCUCUGCGUUUCUUUUCUUCAUCUUGUACCUCACCUUCGUCCACCAACGCAGGGUCAGCCAUCACGAGUAUCAAAGCGACUAGAACGACAUCAUCACCUUCUUUCGCCUUUCCAACUUCGUCAUCGAUACUAUCAAGAAGCACAUCAGUCAUGGGCAACUACCUCACAAGUGGCAGCACAGCCACAUCCUCGACAGGCGUUUCAUCGCCUCCGACCGCUGCCACAGGAGCGAAAGGACGGGGGGUGCAAUCCUUUUCAACUGAUGCGACUACUACUGCAGGCGAAGAAGGACAACCACCAGAGCCAGAUCCGCCACAAAGCGAGGACCUAGACAUACACGGACCGCUUGCGAGAGGUGUAAGGAGGAAGAUCUUGGAACGCUUCGGACCUGUCAUCUACCUUGAGAUGGAGGACGAAUCGCAUCAGCACAGAGGACACGCUGGUUAUGGAUUUUUGAUAAUUGAAUUUGUAUCUACACUUACGCAUGUGUCCUAUGUGGAUCAUCAUCGAGAUCCUCUUAUGGUCGUAUUAUAGGAUUGAUAAUAUAUUGACCCUGAUGAAACUGAAUAGAUGCAGAUGACAAACCGCCCUAACAAAUCAACAGCACUAGUACACUAUGAUCUGUAUCAUAACCUUUUUCUCUCUCGUUCUUCUGCCUCGUCUAACCUCCCGUCCGCGAUGCCACAACUCCGGAAACGCAUUUGCGGAUAGUGCUGGUGUCAGACCGAUUCGCCGAGCUUCCUUCACGGGUGAAACGACAGCAGAGUGUCUACCAGCUCCUAGAUGACGAGUUUAAAGUCCAAGGUCUGCAUGCUCUAACUUUAAACUGCAUGACACAAAAGGAAUGGGAUAAGAAGGGGGGUACUAGUACUUCUUGAAUGGGUCACAACUGUGUUGGAGCUGUUGGUGGAGAUGAUUUAAAUUUUUUCCGCUGUACUAAUGUAUGAUAACACGACCGCUAAGACGACUUUGAGCACGAUUUGUCCAACAGUUUUGGUUCUGAAGAACGUUCAGCAUGCGAUCAAGCCGUUAUGUCAGACCACAAGUAGUCGCAUUCUUAAAUAUCUUCUUACGAACAUGACGACGACGAG